GGCUGUGCCUAGUUUGUGGGGAGAAUAACGUGCUGGGGAAUUCGGAUGUUGAACCCACAAAGCUGUAGGAAGGAAGUUAGGGGCUCCCUGAAGCUAGGGUGACGCUUUUGCACAUCUGAGACAGGAAGUGGUGGUUUGGGUGUCCUACAGAAAGUGACUGAUUAGACCCAGGGCCCAAUAUCUCAUAUACACUCAGCUUGGACUUUGCCUCUGUGGGAAUGUGGAGGCUUGCCUUCCCUGGCCACACCUCGAAUCACCGUCUUUCUUGAUACUGGCACCCAGAUCUAAACGUAUCAAGAAAGUUAAGAGAACUUGAGGGACCUUGGAGAGGUGAGAGCCCUAGAGAAACCCAGAGACCCCUGAGGUGGAGGUGAAAGAGGUGAAGAACCGAAAGGAAGACAAACAUCAGUUGAUUAGGCGUGAGAAAGAUAGGAAAAGUGCCCUGAGCAAAGGCUGGCCUAUCUCAACCAGUCUUCCAGCGAAUGUGGCCAUAAAAGCAGGUUUCUUCAAUCCUGCACACCUGAGGACUGCUUCCUGACCUGGGAGACCGAGCUUCUCCACUUUUACUACAGAGCACAGCAUGUGGAGCUACCUGUUCUGGCUACCAAUCAUCCUAGCUCUAUGGGCUAUCGCUGGCAUCUGGAUUGUAAGGGAAAGCUAUCCACGAGCCCCUCACUGACUUCCUGUAUUCCUUCCAUCUAUCUCAGUUUUGCAAUUGCCGUGGUUAACAGAUCUGUGGAUCUCCAGAAAGGCUUCCCCUUUAUCAGUAACUGUGGGUCUUAUGCUCCUCAGAGCUGCAUUUUCAGCCAAGUACUCAAUACAGGAGCUGCCCUAGCUAUUUGGAUCUGCAUUGUGCGCUAUCAUCAACUCCGGGACUGGGGCGUGAAAACAUGGCAAAACCAGUUGAUUCUGUGGUCGGGACUCCUCUGUGCCCUGGGCACCUCCAUAGUAGGCAAUUUCCAGGAGAAGAACCAGAAGCCCACACACCUGGUAGGAGCUUUCCUGGCCUUCAUCCUGGGCAACCUGUACUUCUGGCUACAGUUCUUUCUGUCCUGGUGGACGAAGGGCCUGCCCCAACCUGGGCCCCGCUGGAUUAGGCUUCUCCGCCUGAGUUUCUGCAGCCUCUCCACCAUCCUCAUUGUGGCCAUGAUCAUCCUGUACUCCCAACGGAUGCGUUCUGCCUCUGCUGCCUGCGAAUGGGCAGUGGCCAUGCUGCUCUUUGUGCUAUUUGGAUUCUUUGCCGUGGACUUUUCCAGCUUGCAUGGCUGCACCCUGCACUUAGAGCCCCAACUGGACUCCAGCCUCCCACAGACUCCCACUGGGUCUUCAAAUACACCGAUGUCACAGAUGCUCUGACUAGGCCCUGCACUACUGGCAGAGGAAGAAAGACAGGGCCAACCCAGGCUCACCCCAUGAUGAGCUGGAGGCUGAGGUGGACAGUCUGCCUGAUGGCGCACGCUGAGUGAACUGGUGCUCACCACUUAGAGGGGCAGCAUCAUGGUACCCACCUGUCCCAUGAUUGGAAGCACCCCAGGAAUUGAGAGGCGAAGACCAGCCAGCUGUCCCUGAUCAAGGCUAUUUAUUAA